CUUGGACCGACCUCAGCGACGGCAGCUGCGAACCACAAGCAACCGCGGUGCGUGUGCGAUCACAUUCACCCACACCGGCGACCUCUUCUUCGCGAGCAACUCAUCAUCGCUCGCUCCAUCUCGCAGCCACACGCUGCAGCUUGCUGGGUCAGCUGAGGCGCAGUGCAGAGUCCGGUGUGUGUUUGUCGCACCCUCCAUCGCAGCCUGAUCCGCCCUAUACUGCGCGCGACCGACGCAGAGAAACGCUUCGCUCCGACUACGACAACGACCUGAGAACGACCAUCGUAUCCCCUUCCGCGGCCUAGCAGGGCCCGAAAACCUGCCAUCAUGUCCGUCCGUGGUACUCGCACAGUCUACCGCGAGACCGACGUCGAGCGCGAGAACGAACCCAGAGGCUCCUAUACCACCAUCAAGCGCUACAAGGUCCCCGAGUCAAUCACUCGCUCCGUCUACGACAAUCAAGAUGAGACCGUGGACAAGAAGAUUGUGAUCCGGCGCACCGAACGUCGCGACUCCUCUCCCUCUUCGCACUCGACCCACACCCACAGGACUCACCGUACCCACCACGAUCACCACCAUGAUCACUACGAUGAUACGGAGUGGAAGAUCAAGGAGACCGUCCGCGAGACCCGAGCGCCGAGCACUCACAGUCAUCACACUCAUCGCACCCACCACCACGAGCACGAGCACGACGAUGUGGACAUUCGCUUCACAAAGACAACCACUGAGCGUGAGCGGGAUCCAUCGCCGCGCAGAGUGACGAGAGUCGUCUACCGCGACUAUUCUCCUGAACGCGAGCGAUCGCGGAGUGAAUUCAAGGUGGUAGAACGUGAGACUGAAGUGACACGUGCUCCUUCACCACCAUCUCCAGAGCGCACGCAGACACGAACUUGGCGCUUCGAGCGUGAGCGCUCCUUCUCCCCACCUCAGCGUGAACGUGAGCGGCCAUACGACAUUGAGCGUUACAGCAAGAGCACUGAAUACUUUCAACCAGCGCCGCAACCAAUCGUCAUUCGAGAGUCGACCCCGCAACCACCAGUGAUCAUUCGCGAAGAGCGCCGGGAUCCCGCACCUAUCAUUAUUCGCGAGGAGCGGCGGGAACCGCAGAGAAUUAUAAUUAAGCGAGAGGAGCCGCAGUAUGAGUUCGUGGAGCGUGAAGAAGUGCGUGACGAGACCAAAUCCCUGGUCAAGACCGAGGAGCCACCACCGCCAGCUGUGAUACCGGAGCCAGAACCUGAGAAGAAGCCUGAGGAAGAUUACUUCUAUGAACGCAGAGUCAUUGAGCGUAGGAGACGGAGCGACAGCUAUGACCGUAAGUCGGAAAUUCGGCCUCGCGACAGUGCAUCCCAAGGAUAUCACAGUGACGACAGCUACGAAUACGUCCGACACGAGACGAGAUAUGAGUCCGAUGAUGACAAAGGCAGUCGGAGACGCAACCUCGCAGGAGGAGCCAUUGCAGGCAUUGGCGCCGCAGAGAUCCUCCGGCACCAUCGAAAGCGCCAGGGUGAAGAAGUAGGUGGCAGACUUGGCAACGUUGCUGGCGGUGCCGCGCUCGGUGCUGUAGGUGCUGAGGCUAUCAAACGGUUCCGCAGCAAGUCGCGGCGCCGACAUUCUGGAAGUCGGUCGCGAAGUGGAGAGCGUCAUCACGGAGAGCGACGACACAGAAGGCAUCGAUCGAGGUCGCGAUCUGAGGACCGUGGCUUUUCGUUUGACAACUUGUCCAAUGGCCAGAAGGCAUUGGGUGGUUUGGCUGCGAUAGCUGCUGCCGCUGCUGCAGGAUAUGCCAUCAAGAAUCGCAACAAGGAGACUGUCAUUGUAAACGAUCGCAUCCACCACCGCAGUAGGUCGCGGAGACGCCGUCAUAGUGCUGACGAGUAUAUUGGCGACGACAUUGCUGAGCAUCGGGACCCUGGCCACCGAAAUCGACGCAUUGCGCAAGCUGGUCUGGCUUCCGCUGCAGCUGCUGGCAUUCUGGAAAAGGUCCGAUCCCGUAGCAAGGGCGGCCGCGAACGUAGCAAGUCGCGAAUCCGAACUGGUGUACCAAUUGCUGCAGCUGGUCUCGGUGGAGCAGCCUUAGCUGGCCUCUACGAAAAGAACAAAGCCAACAAGGAGGCCAAGAAGGAGGCGGUCAUUGAGGACGAACUGAACAGAGGCAGACACAGAAGCCGCUCUAGGAGUCGUUCUGUGCGCCACCCGGACAUGAUAGCAUAUGGCCACGAACCGAUUCAUCCUGAAGAUCGUCCUUACUACAGCGAUGAGGAGCCUGGCAGAUACCGACGUCGCGGUGGCAGCCACAGCAGCAGCCCUGAUACGCGACGCCGCAGUAAGAGUCGGAGACGCCAUCUUGCUGAAACUGGAGCUGCUGCUGGUGUCGCUGCUGUUGCGGCGCAUGAGAUUGGCAAGAGACGGGAACGUAACAGGUCGCGUGACAGUCGAUCCAGGAGUCGCUCCCGAUCGAGACCCGGUGCCAGGCGAGAUGACGAUUACUACGAUGACAGGCGCGAUGACCCAUACGGGCCACCACCUAUGGGACAAUCUGACUACCCACCCUACCAGAACAACAAUCCUUACCCACAAGGAGGACAAGCAUAUCCUUCGAGUCAUUACUUCCCUCCUCCACCGAAUGCCGACUAUAAUCACCCUCGUGGUAAUAUCGAGCCUCAACCAGAGUAUGCGCACGCACCGUACAACCCCGCCGAGUAUGCUGGUCAGCCAGCCACACAACAACCCUACGAUAAUCAGUAUGCUGGUUACGGCGAGCAAUACCCUGCAGAUGCAUAUGCGGGCGAUCAACGAUAUGCUCGCGACCCUCACCCCGACAGUGGGCGGAGAGGCAGAGAUCCUGAGAAUGUGAGUGCGCCACCGCCUAGCGUCGAAGAAUAUCAGCAAAACCCGCAAAAUCAGCAAAAUCAGCAACAUGUACAAUACGAGCGCGAAUCUCAGGACGGCGGAGGAGAUGGUGUAAAGACUCCGCGUCCUCGCUCCACAAGUCGAGUGAGAUUUGAUCUCGAAUCGAACAUCGCCCAUUCUCCCGAUUCUUCCCGUCGUAAAGACGAUGCGAAGCGUGACGAUCCUUCCGAGCAGCGACACAGUGAUACCGAGACCAGCGACGAUCGCAAACACCGCCGUCGACAUCGUCGAAAGGGCAAAGAACGCGAGCGCGAUGACGAUCGAGACCGGCAUCGGCGCCACGAUGGGGACGAUGGUCGCGGCAGUCGUAAGCGUGACAGCACGGGUUUGAUGCAUGACAAGUAUGAUCGCGACCCAACGGACUCUGAUAGUGUCAUCGAACUUCCUGAGCGCUUCGACAAGCAUGGCAAUCCCAAGCCGGAAGACCCUCUCGCUGCUAAGAUUAAUGAUCUGCUUAGUGGUCGUGGCGGCGGAGGGGAUCUGUUCAAGACGCUGGCGGAGGGCUUUUUAGGUCGUGGUGGUGGUAGUGAGUCGCAUGAUGGCGGGGAUGAAGAAGAAGGCCGUAGGAGGCGGAGACGUUCGGAUCGGUGAUCGGAUUGAUGUUGUUGCUGAUGAUGAUGCUGAUUGAAUUGAAAAGAAUGGGGAAUUUGAUUUGGGGUGCGGAGAAGAUGGAAACGACAGCUCAGUGCUGAUAUUGGCUUGCUCGUUGCUUGGUGAUUGGGUUUAGAGGUCCCCCUUUUUCCCUUCUUGAUAACGAUGCUACGACACGAUUGACGAUUCUUGUUAUGAGAAUGCUUUUAUGAGAAAACAUAUGUAUAGAUGAGAACUUCGGGUCAAUGACGAGAACAAUUUUCCUACCA